CUCCAUCUUCUUACCCUAAAUUCCACCCUAUCUUUCCAGUCCUGAUUAAGGAUCUCGCCCCGAAACGUCGACUGUUUCCUCUUUACCAUAAAUGCUGCCUGGUGUGCAGAGUUCUUCUAGCAUUUUGUGUGUUUUACUCUGGAUUUCCGGCAUCUAAAGUUUUUCUCCAGUUUGAUCAAAUGCGCAUGUGUACGGGUCGCAGCUGGUUCCCGGAUAUCGCGCAUGCGCCCGUUGGACGAGAGGCUCCGAACGAUCGGCCACAGGUUAGAAAUGGCAGAAAAUUGGUGUAUGAGAAACUCAGAUGCAACAACACUUCAGUUUUGCUGUCUUUGUGUGGAUAUUUAAGGAGUCACCUCAUAUUUCCUUUGUAAUAUCAAUAUAUCUGUUGUCGAUCCUUGGAGAUGAAGAAGUACCUCACCCCAGCUGGAAACGUGCUUUGUGUCUGAAAUGUUCUGUUGUAACUCAGUAAAAUCUACUGAAACCAGGGAGCUGAGAACACACCAGCAUUUAAUCACUAGAGAUCAGUUCUUCAACUGCAUUGAUUGUGCGAGGGAUUCAAAUUUUCUGACAUCUGAAUUUCUGAAUUGCUAGAGAAUUGAUCACAGUGAGAUAUAAUUCUCCUUCUCUCAGUGUGUGAAGAGAUUUACUCUCAACCCACCCGCAAACCAGUGAGUUCUCCAUAAGGAAGGGCCAUUCACCUGUUAUGUGUAUGGUACAGGAUCGACUCAGACAUCCAGCCUGAAGAUACAUCAAGUUCACACCAUAGUGAGACACUCCACCUCUUCUGUCUGCAGGAAGCAGUUCAUUCUGUCAAUUCAUUUAGACUGUGUGAAGGCAUUCACACACUCCUCAAUGCUGCAGAGACACCACCUCAGCUCACAUUAAGGAGAGAACAUUGACCUGCUCAGACUGUGGGAAGGGAUUCACUUGAUCAUUUUAACUGAAGGAACAUCAGUGAAUACACCCUGGAGAGAGGCUGUUCUCACUGAGAAGAUGCCAUUCACCUGUUCAGACUGUGGGAAGGGAUAUACUUGGUCUUCUCAAUUAUUGGUACACCAGUUAGUUCACACUGGGGAGAGGCCAUACAUCUGUUCAGACUGUGGGAAGGCAUUCACUCGAUCAUCCACACUACAGAGACACCAACGAGUUCACACUGGGGAGAAACCGUUCACCUGCUCAGAAUGUGGAAAGGAAUUCACUCAGUCAUCUAACUUGAAAGUACAUCAGCGAGUUCACACUGGGGAGAAACCAUUCUCCUGCUCAGAAUGUGGAAAGGAAUUCACUCGGUCAUCUGAAUUGAAAGUACAUCAACGAGUUCACACUGGGGAGAAACCGUUCACCUGUUCAGACUGUGGGAAGGGAUUCACUCAGUCAUCCCAACUGAAUGCACAUCAACGAGUUCACACUGGGGAGAGGCCAUUCACCUGCUGUGAAUGUGGGAAGGGAUUCACACACUCUUCCACACUGCAGAGACACCAGCGAGUUCACACUGGAGAAAGGCCAUUCACCUGCUCUGAAUGUGGGAAGGAAUUCACUCAGUCAUCCACCCUUGUGAAGCACUACCGAAUUCACACUGGGGAGAGGCCGUUCACCUGCUUUGAAUGUGGAAAGGGAUUCACUCAGUCUUUUCAACUGAAGGAACAUCAGCGAGUUCACACUGGGGAGAAACCAUUCACCUGCGCAGACUGUGGGAAAGAAUUCAAUCGGUCAUCUCAACUGAAUGAACAUCAGCGAGUUCACACUGGAGAGAGGCCGUUCACAUGCUCUGAAUGUGGGAAGGGAUUCACUCAAUCAUCUCAAUUACUGAAACAUCAGCGAGUUCACACUGGGGAGAGGCCAUUCACCUGUUCAGACUGUGGGAAAGCAUUUACUCACUCAUCUACACGACAGAGACACCAGCGAGUUCACACCGGAGAGAGGCCGUUCAUCUGCUCAGACUGUGGGAAGGGUUUCACUCGGUCAUCUCAACUGAAGGAACAUCAGCAAGUUCACACUGGGAAGAAACCAUUCACCUGCUCAGACUGUGGGAAGGAAUUUACUCGGUCAGCUCAGCUGAAUGACCAUCAGCGAGUACAUACUGGGGAGAAGCCAUUCAUCUGCUCAGACUGUGGGAAGGGUUUCACUUGGUCAAGUCAACUGAAGGAACAUCAGCGAAUUCACACUGGGGAGAAACCAUUCACCUGCACAGACUGUGGGAAAGAAUUCACUCGGUCAUCUCAGCUAAAUGAACAUCAGCGAGUUCACACUGGAGAGAGGCCAUUCACCUGCUUGGACUGUGAGAAGGGAUUCACUCGGUCAUCUGACUUGAAAGUACAUCAGCGAGUCCACACUGGGGAGAAACCAUUCACGUGCUCCGACUGUGGGAAGGCAUUCACACACUCAUCCACGUUACAGAGACACCGGAGGAUUCACACUGGGGAGAGGCCAUUCACCUGCUCUGAAUGUGGGAAGGGAUUUGCUCAGUCAUCUACUCUUGUGUCACACUACCGGGUUCAUACUGGGGAGAGGCUAUUCACCUGCUCUGAAUGUGGGAACAGAUUCAGUCAGUCAUCUACCCUUGUAUCACUGUACCAAGUUCACACUGGGAUGAGGUCGUUUACCUGCUUUGAAUGUGAGAAGGAAUUCACUCAAUCAUCCAACCUUGUGUUGCAUUACCAAGCUUUGACCAGAGGUGAUCAGAGUGAUCAGAAGCUUGAGAGGAUGUAAUUCACUCAGGUUCACUGAUUUUUAUUAAAGGCAGUGACCUGCGGCGGUUUUUUUUUUUGAAGCUUAGAGCAGCGGUCGAUCAGCAUUCUGGAUUGAUUAGCAAGAACAAGGCAGGGGCAAGCAGGGCAGCCAGCAUUGUAGUGACCUGUGUUGGUGGGGAUUUUGAGGCUUUAGCUCUUAGAGAAGGCAAAGAAAGCUGUAGAAUUUUUUGCCCCUUUAUAUUUGCUUGUUUACAGCAGUAGAGAUGUCAGGCAGGAUAGUGGAAUGAUCCUCUUGCGGGAUUUGGGAAGACAGGGAGUUCUCCGGUAUCCCUGACGACUACAGUUGCGAAAAGUGCAUCCAGCUGCAGCUUCCACCAGUUUGCAUUGUGGGGUUGGAGCUGGAACUGGAUGAACUCUAGAUCAACCGGGAGGCUGAGGGUCUGAUAGAUAGGACUUAUAGAGAGGUAUAAAGGACACAGGAAACUGAGUGACAGACAGCAAUGGGAAAGAGAUUAAAGUACUCCUGUGGCCAUCCCACUCAACAAAAGGAUAUUGUUGGGAAUGAGGGAUGAUUUAGCAGAGGAAAGUCACAGCAGUCAGAUCUCUGGUACUUUGUCUGGCUCUGUGACUCAUAAAGGAGCGAAAAGAUGCCAGGGUCAGGGACAUCUCAGAUCCCAUCCACAGUAUUUUGGAGGGAGAGGGAAAGAAACUAAAUUUUUGGAUUGCUACUUGUGCCACACGCCAGUGAGGGUAGAAGCAGUAUAAUUUGGCAGGUAAAUGUGUGGCUGAGAAGAUGAUGCAGGCAGUAGGGCUUCAGGUUCUUGGAUCAUUGGGUUCUCUUCUGAGGUAAGUAUAACCUGUACAAAACUGAUGGGUUGCACUUGAACCCAAGGGGGACCAAUAUUAUUGUGGACAGGUUUGUUAGUGCUGCUGGAGAGGGUUUAAACUAAUUUGGCGGGGUGGGAACCGGACUCUAGAGAUUCAGGAUAGGAUGAAUAGUAAAAAAAAAGGUAGCACGCAGUCAAAAUGUCAGGAAGGGCAUGCAGGUGAUAGAACAAAACAGCCAGCAGGGUGAGUAUCAGUGCAUUAGGGAUGCAGAAUCAAAAAGGGUAGCCAAUACAGUACUCAGUGUUAUAUCUCAAUGCAGGGAGAGUAAGAAAUAGGGUGGAUGAUCUUGUUGAUCUUGUGGCCAUCAUUGAAUCGUGGCUGAAGAAUGGUUGUAGUUAGGAGCUGAAUAUCUAAGGUUACACAUUGUAUUGGAGGGAUAGGAAGGUAGAGGGGGUGGCAUGGCUCUGCUGGUAAAGAAUGGCAACAAAUUAGUAGAAGGUUAUGACAUUGAAUCUUGGUGAUUGAGUUAAGAAGCUGCAAGGGUAAAAGGACCUGGAUGGCAGUUAUAUGUAGGUCUCCCAACAGUAGCUGGAUGUGGAUCACAAGAUAGUGAAUUUGUUGAAUGUCAGCGAAAUGACUUUUUAGAGCAGUUUGUCAUUGAGCCUACUAGGGGAUCAGUUAUACUGGAUUGGGUGUUGUGUAAUAAACUGGAGGUUAUCAGGAAGUUUAAGGUAAAGGAACCCUUGGGAGACGUUGAUCACAAUAUAAUUGAGUUCAACUUGAAAUUUGAUAGGGAGAAAGUAAAGUCUGAUUUAGCAGUAUUUCUGUGAACUGAAGGAAAUUACAGUGGUGUGAGAGAGGAGUUGGCCAAAGUAAAUUGGAAGGAGAUGCUGGUAGGGAUGACAGCAGAGCAGCAAUGGCGUGAGUUUCUGGGAAAAAUGAGGAAGGUGCACACUAGAUGUAUUCCAAAAAAGAAAGAGAUACUCAAAUGGCAAAAUAGUGCAACCGUGGCUAACAAGGGAAGACGUGGCUAAUGUAAAAGCAAAAGUGAGGGCAUACAACAAAGCAAAAAUUAGUGGGAAGACAGGAUUGGGAAGCUUUUAAAAACCUACAGAAAGGGAAAAGAUGAAAUAUGAAAUCAAGCAUGCAAACAAUAUCUAAGUGGAUAGUUAAAGCUUUUUCAAAUAUGUAAAAAAUAAAAAAGAGAAGUGAGUGGAUAUAGGUCUGCUAGAAAAUGAUGCCAGAGAAAUAAUAAUGGGGGACAAGGAGAUGACAGAUGAACUAAGUGAGUAUUUUGCAUCAGUCUUCACUGUGGAAGACACUAGCAGUGCACCAGAUGUUGAAGGGUGUGAGGAAAGAGAAGUGAAUGCAGUUACUAUGAAAUAAGAGAAGGUGCUCAAAAGCUGAAAGACCUAAGGGUACAUAACUCACCCAGACCAGAUGAACUGCACCCUAGGGUUCUGAAAGAGGUAGCAUUAGAGGUUGUGGAAGCAUUAUUAAUAAUCUUUCAAAAAUUAUUGGGGUCUUGCAUGGUGCCAAAGAAAAGGAAAAUUGCAAAUGUCACUCCAGUUUUUUAAGAAAGGAGGAAGGCAGCAGAAAGGAACCAAUAGACCAGUUAGCCUGACCUCGGUAGUUGGAAAGAUGUUGGAGUCAAUUGUUAAGGGUGCGGUUAUGGAGUACGUGGUGACAUUGGACAAAAUAGGACGAAGUUAGCAUGGUUUCCUUCAGGAAAAAUCUUGCCUGAAAAGUCUGUUGGAAUUCUUUAAGGAGAUUACAAGUAGGGUAGAUAAAGGGAUCCUUUUCUUAUUUGCUGCCAGUGACUAGUGGUGGUUCACAGGGGUCGAUGUUGAGACUGCUGCAUUUUAUGCUGUAUGUCAGUGAUUGAGAAUGUGAAAUAGAUGGCAUUGUUUCCAAGUUUGCAGAUGAUAUGAAGAUUGGUGGAGGGGCAGGUAAUGUUGAGGAAACAGGUAGGCUGCAGAAGAACUUAGACAAAUUUGGAGAAUUGACAAGGAAGUGGCAAAUGAAAUACAAUGUUGGAAAAUUCAUUUUGGUAGUAGAAGUAAAAGUACAGACUAUUUUCUAAAGGUUCAGAAAAUCUAAAAAUCUAAGAUGCAAAAGGUCUUAGACUAACCCUAACCCUCAUGCGUCCCUGUGCAGAACACCCUGAAGAUGAACUUGCAGGUGGAGUUGAUGGUGAGGAAGGUAAAUGCAAUCUUAGCAUUCAUUUUGAGAGAUCCAGAAUGCAAGAGCAAUGAUGUGAUGCUGAGGCUCUUUAAGGCACUGGUGAGGCCUCACUUUGAGUAUUGUGAACAGUUUUGGGCUCUUCAUCUCAGAAAAGAUGUGCUGGCAGUGGUGAGGGUUAAGAGAAGGUUCACAAGGAUGAUUCCAGGAAUGGAAGGGUUAUCAUACAAGGAAUAUUUGAUGGUUCUUGGUUUGUACUCACUGGAUUUAGAAGGAUGAAUGGUGGAUCUCAUUGUAACCUAUUGAAUGAAAGGCCUAGACAGAGUAGAUGUGGAAAGGAUGUUUCCCAUGGAGGGUGAAUCUAGGUCAAGAUUGCAUAGUCUUAGGAUAGAGGGGUGUCAAAACAGAGAUGCUGAGAAAUUUCUUUAGCCAGAGGGUUGUGAAUUUGUAGAUUUUGUUACCACAGGCAGCUGUGGAGACCAGGUUAUUGUGUGUAUUUAAGACAGAGUUUGAUAGGUUCAAUUUUGGACACGGCAACAAAGGGAGAAGACUCAGGAGUGGGGUUGAGGAGGGGAAUCAACGGUCAGCCAUAAUUGAAUUGGCGCAGCAGACUCAAGGGGCCAGCUGUCCUAAUUUUGCUCCAAUAUCUUAUGGUCUUGUGAUCUUAUGCGAGCUGUGGUGACAGGUGAUUCAUUAGUUAGGGGAACAGAAAGGAUGUUCUGUGGGUGAGAACAAGAUUCCUUGAUGAUAUGUUGCCUUCUAGAUGCCAGGGUCUGGGCACCUCAGAUUGAGUCCUCAGCAUUCUUAACAGGGAGGGUGAACAACCAGAGGUCAUGAUCCAUUUAGGUACCAAGGACAUAGGUAGGAAGAGUGCUGAGGUUCUGCAAAAUUGAAGGGCUAGGGUUCUAGGGUUGUGAUCUCAGGAUUGCUACCUGUGUCACAUGCUAGUGAGGUUAGAGCUGGGAAAAUUAUCCAGUUUUAAUACGUGGCUAAGGAUUUGGUGUUGGAGGAAGGGCAGAAGAGUUUUGGAUCAAUUGAGUCUUCGAGGGUGGCUGUGUGUGCAGGAGUGCAAGUGCAUUGGGGAGGGGGCAUUGAUGGUGGAGGGGGCAUGCAUGUAUCUCUCACUCUCACACACAAAAACACAUGCAGCUGUGGGGAUGGAUGGAGGUGGUGGGAGAGGGAGAUUGAGUUGGGGAGUGGGAAAUGAAAGGGCGUCUGGAAGAUGGGCAAGAGGAGGAGGAUGGAGAUAGGGCUUCCUCCUCCUUCCCAUCCACCCAAUUCCCAUUUCAUUUCCCACUCUCCUCCCACUAAGGUCUCAGAGUCCCCCUCUACCCCCACCCCCUCUGGAAUUGACUCUGAGCAUUGAUUUGCUGUGCAUGCAAACAAUAAAUUGUUAGAUAGUAUAUGGUUAACAUACUUUGAUAAUAAAUUAAAUUUGAGCUUGAA